UGCUUUGCAGAGAUUGGGGGCCGCUGUGGAGGGCUUUCUCUUGUCUAUGUUUUUUAUACUUAGAUGUCCACCUCAGCUGUUUUAUUUAUCAAGUUCAUGUGUUUAGAGCUAGCUUGUUAGUUAGUUAGCUAGGUUUGUUUUUUUUAUCUGAGUGCAGCCCCCAGGUAUAACAAGUUUGACGCAUAUCUCUUGUAAUUCGAAUAUCUGCUAUAUAUGUCAAAAGUUUGGGCUGUUCAUCACUUUGAAUUGACAAGCGCUGGCUGUGUUUUUAGCUCGGCAUCGAUACACUUAUUAUUCGCUAUGUUGUUACAAGAAAAUCAGGUCAGCGUCAGUGUUUUCACGUCUGUAACGGACUCAUCAGAUGAACCGAUCCGAGCUGCGGUUCCCCCGUCAGUGGAGCUAGGACUCACCGUUGUCUAUACUGUUCUGUACUCCCUGCUUUUUGUAUUUGUUUACCUACAACUUUGGCUAAUUUUGCACUAUGGACACAAACGCUUCAGCUACCAGAGUGUCUUUCUUUUUCUCUGCUUGCUGUGGGCAGCGCUGAGGACUACGUUGUUUUCUUUUUACUUCAAGAACGUUGUUCAAGCGAACCAGUUGCAGCCUCUACCCUUUUGGCUUUUAUAUUGUUUUCCUGUAUGCCUGCAAUUCUUCACGUUAUGUCUCCUAAACCUAUAUUUUGCACAGGUGAUGUUCAAAGCCAAAGCGAAGUACUCACCGGAACUCAACAAAUACAAGGUGCCUCUGCGUCUGGGCUUCCUGCUGGCGAGCGGGUUCUUCCUGGUGGUGAACGUGACGUGCGCGGUGAUGGUCAAGCUGGGCGUGGCUGAGCGCAUCAUGAAGGACGCCGUGCUCGCCCGCGUGCUCAUCAACGACAGCCUCUUCGUGGUCUGCGCCGUCUCGCUCGCCGUCUGCAUCUUCAAGAUCGCCAAGAUGUCCUCCGCCAACGUCUACCUGGAGUCCAAGGGUACGUCAGUGUGCCAGGCCACAGUGAUCGGCGUGGCGGUCAUCCUCCUGUACACGUCCCGGGCCUGCUACAACCUGGUGGUGGUGGCCCUGUCUCCCGAGGACCGACCCAGUCCCUUCAACUACGGCUGGUACAACGUCUCUGACCAGGCGGACGUGGACAAGAUCAGCGGCGAGGCGUACAUCAUCUUCGGGGUGAUCCUGUUCUUCUGGGAGCUGCUGCCCACCAGCCUGGUCGUGCUCUUCUUCAGGGUGCAGCGGCCCAAUCAGAACCUGGCCUCUGGAGGGAUGAUCAGCAGCCACAGCUUCAGCUCCAGGGCCUACUUCUUCGACAACCCGCGGCGGUACGACAGCGACGACGACCUGUCGCGGAGCAUCACCUCCCGGGGCGAGAGGGGCAGUGUCCUGUCGACUACGCCACAAGCCUCGUCCAGCUGGUACGGCUCCAUCCAGAGGAACGGCAGCCUGACGGGAAUCCCCCACCUGGUCAGCGGACCGCAGGCGACCACCGCCCCCUUGCUCCUCGCCUACGGCAACAUCCAGACCAACCAGCACCACAACUACUACUCCACGCCGCAGAACUGAGCCUGUGACCCCCUCCCACACACAACGCAACGCAAUGGAACGCAAUCCCCUGCCCUGCAACCCACAAAAGCCUAUCGAGAGCUACCCUAGUCAAUACUUACACAACCACCGUAUUCUGUUCAAAGUCGUUUUUUUCCAGUGGGACGUCUUGUGCGGUUUUUUUUCUUUCUUUUUUUUAACAUAUCACUCUAUUCUGCUAACGUCCACACUCGUGUAAAGAUUCCCGUUGUGGACGGGAGAAGAUCCAAUCCAAUCACUCUGUCCGGUGGGACACCUUUGACUUACAGACUUACAGCCGUGUCAGUGUUGCCUGAAUAUCGGCUCUAUUUUGUUGUUGUUGUUGUGCGGGUGGCAGGCUACACAAGUGCACAUUAUCAAAGUGUGACUUUUUGCUUUUUUCUUCUACUGGAGCCUCCUGUACACAUGAAUGUGUUGGGGAGCUCCAAAUCAGUGGUGAACUUCUCCUCUGCCGUGUGUGCUGCAGGCUAGGACGUUGCAGACAGGUAGGUAACAACUGCAGGUCUGUGCUGCAGACUACAGUGUCUGCAUGGCGGGUCCAUUUGCAGGGCAGUUGUGUAGGUGAAUGGGACACGGCUCUGACUGCUGCUUUAGAUUCCCCGCCAUCCUCUCCUGCCUGAUUGGACACUCGAGGAGGACAUCAUUCCCAAGAGGUGGAUGUACAGAGAAAGACACCGCUGCAGUUGUUGUUGUCGUUGUUGUUGUUGUUGUUGUUGUUGCUGUUGUUUUUCUCUUGUUGUUGUGAUAGAGCAACUCGGCCCUAUCACCACCCCUCGUCACCCACUGCCCCAUCCCUGAUCCUCUCCAACCCCCCCUCCCCCUCGUGUUCCUGGCCUCGGAUCAGCGAGCCGUAUCUGUUCCAGGAUCCCCUGUGAACACACACUCCCCUCUGUGAGCUGGGAGUCAACUAUUUGCACUUCAGAAGAAAGACAGAAGAAGAAAGAAAGAAAGAAAGAGAGAAGGAAAGAAAGAGAGAAAGAAAGAAAUGAGCCCAUAGUUCACAUUGUAACGAAUUGGCAGUGGCCUGAAUGUAGUUGUUGAUUUCAGAUUUUUUUGGCUCUGGUCUGGUGUGUGGUGUCCAGCGCACAAUAGCCGGCUGAUUCUGGACUCUGGACGACUCUGGACGCCUCUGGACACUAGAGCAACAGCAGUGCCUCUGGUGCUGCGACUCGUUGCGCACUGACACAGAGGAAGACGAUGAGGACGAGGGCGAAGAAAAGACAAGAGCAACAGAGACUGUUUUGAUUACUAUUUGUGUAUGUUGUUAACCUUUUCUUGUUUGUUUGUUUUAAAUCUUCGGAAAAAAUUAGAACUCUUUUUGUGUGUGUGUGCGUGUGUGUGUUUGUGUGUGUGUGUGUGUGUGUGUCUUUUGCCAAAGAGCGCCAAAGUUUGACCGACACCCAUGUCCUGAGUGUUGUUUCCCAGAGGACCAGCACUAGAGGGUUCGCUCCCUAUCCUCCCCCUAUGAGGUAGGGGGCGCUGUGGAGGUAAGCAGCGAGAGGUGCAGCCUCACAUGAAUGUUUUCUGGGUCCUGUGCUGUGAAUGUGAAAGAUGGACGUGUGCUGGUUCUGGACGGGUCCAAUGGAUCAGUUUUUGGUACUCUAAGCCUCCUGUUGAUGGCUAUACUGAAAAAGCCAGAAGGUGCCCUAAGAGAGAGUGUACCACAUGUGUAUGACAAUUAGAUAUAUCUGUUAGAUCUAUACAGUAGCUGUCUAAUGUAAUGUUGUGGCAUCAAGCUUAUUUUUCCAGGGGCACUUUAAGUAAAAUGUGCCAUCACAUACUUCUGAAGAAAAAAAAUACCCCAAAAAAUGCUGUGUAGAUAAAUUUCAACUGAUCUGUAGACAUUGUUUCAUUCCUUAGUCAGGUGGGUCCAUCUCAGACUAAAAGCAAUCCUGACCUGGCGGCAAAUAUGCACUUCCGCCGUAUGGUGUGUAUGUGUAAGGAGUGGAAAGGUGUGAUAUUGAGUGUUGAAAGAGAGAGAGAGAGAACGAGAGAGAGAGAGAGAGAUUGAGGUGAAGUGUGUGCUUGCUUUUUUCCCCCACCAACUAUUUCCUGUUAAAAAUAAACAGUGUUUUGUGGUCUUUCGGACAAUAACAACAAUCUGUACUUAGAGUUCUCCGAGUUCUACUGGUUCCUUGGUCCUCUCUGAGAGUGGGCCAGACCCUGAUUGUGUGCAGGUAUACACCCAUUCAGAGCCUGGUGCUUGCAAAGUUCACUACAAUCAUCAUCUCUAUUCCCUGAAGUUCUAUUCAUUCUUUUUUUAUUUCUUCUUUUGUGACUAUUAUGUUCAUUCCUCCCUCUCUAACCCAGCCUUCUAUGAAGGCCUAUUUGUUUGACACAAAUUGCCAUAGACUUUUUUAUUAUUAUUUUCUGAGUUUCUUGUGUGUAGUGUGUGUGUGUGUGUGUGUGUGUGUGUGUGUGUGUGUGUGUGUGUGUGUGUGUGUGUGGCCGUGUGUGUG